AUGCUCUCAUUCUGUCCACACUGCCACAACAUGCUGCUGGUCUCUCAGCCUGACGGCGGGGCGUACACUUUACAGUGCGGUGCCUGUCCUUAUACUUUUCCCAUUGAAGGAAUCGAGGUAUACGACAGAAAGACGCUGCCGAGAAAAGAAGUUGACGAUGUUCUUGGUGGUGGUUGGGAUAACGUUGACCAGACUGGUGUACAAUGUCCAAACUACGACACUUGUGGUGGUGAAAGAGCAUACUUUUUCCAACUGCAGAUCAGAUCUGCAGAUGAGCCGAUGACUACUUUCUACAAAUGUGUGAAUUGUGGCAACCGGUGGAGGGAAAAUUGA